AUGGGUCCGGGCGGGCGCGCCCCGGGUGGCGGGGCUGCGGCCAGGGGGCUCCUGCUUGGGACGGCCGCUGCCGCGAAGCGGCUUAAGCAAGACCUGAGGGUUGUGGCGGCCCGGCCCUGGCGAAGCCUGUCCGGGAUCCCAAAGCAGGCGGGGCCUCCGGAGGAGGAAGCCGAGGCCGGACACGAGCUCUUGCUGCCAAAUGAGAGAAGCUUUCAGAAUGCCGCUAAAAGCAAUAAUUUGGAUCUCAUGGAGAAGCUGUUUGAAAAGAAGGUUAACAUUAAUGCUGUGAACAGUAUGAACCGCACAGCCCUGCACUUUGCAGUGGGGAGGAAUCACUUAUCUGCGGUGGAUUUCCUGCUUAAUCACAAGGCCAGGGUGGAUGUUGCUGAUAAGCACGGCUUGAUGGUAAUUCACCUUGCAGCCUGGUCUGGAAGCCUUGAGAUCAUGCUCAUGCUAGUGAAAGCUGGUGUGGACCAGAGAGCCAAGAAUCAGGAUGGAAUGAAUGCCCUCCACUUUGCAGCUCAGAGCAAUAGCGUGCGAAUCGCUGAGUACCUCAUUCAAGAUCUGCACCUGAAGGACCUAAACCAGCCUGAUGAGAAAGGAAGAAAGCCAUUUCUUUUGGCAGCUGAGAAGGGCCAUGUUGAGAUGAUCGAAACACUUAUCUCCCUUAAUCUGCAUACCUCGGAAAAGGACAAGGAAGGGAACACUGCCCUGCACCUCGCUGCAAAACAUGGUCACAGUCCUGCGGUACAGGUGCUGCUAACUCAGUGGCAAGAAAUAAAUGAGACCAAUGAGCUCAAUGUCAAUGCUUUGCAGAUAGCAACCCGGAAUGGCCACGGAUCUCUCGUCAGUUUUCUUCUCAGGGAGAACGUUCAUUUGCACCAAAAAGUGGAACCUAAGGAAUCCCCUCUUCAUUUAGCUGUUAUCAACAACCAAAUCACAGUUGUAAACAGCCUAUUAAGUGCACAACUUGAUAUCGACAUCUUAAAUCAGAGGCAGCAAACCCCUUUGCACGUAGCCGCUGAACUUGGAAAUGUAGAAAUGGUGGAGACCCUCCUGAAGGCAGGCUGUGACCUGAAGAUCAUUGACAAGCAAGGAAAGACAGCCCUGGCAGUGGCCUCCAGGAGCAACCACAGCCUUGUUGUGGACAUGAUCAUCAAAGCAGAGAGAUAUUAUACCUGGAGAGAGGAUCAUCAUGAGACCAUCGAGGACUCGUCAACCAGCUCUACCCUGUCAUUCAAACAAGAUCACAAUCUGGAGACCAGACAUAUUCGCACUUGCCUCUGGAACCUGGCUUACCGUCAGCUAAAGGCCAAUGAGUGGCAGAGGCUGGCCCGUUUGUGGAACUUCACAGAUGACCAGAUCCGAGCCAUUGAGGAGCAGUGGUCAGGAAAUGAAAGCUUCCGUGAACACGGCCACAGGGCUCUGCUCAUCUGGCUGCAUGGGAUCCUGAUGAUGCAGGGCAAUCCAGUCAAGCACUUGUAUGAGGAGCUGGGACGUGCAGGUUUCCCAGAACUAGCUGAAAAGAUCCGUCAAUUCAAAAGCGAAACUGACUCAAGCUCCAAGAAAUGCACGGUUUCAUAAAUGCCUAAAGAGAAACUGUGUUCCAGUGAUUUUCCAUCUGUAUUCAGUUCUUUAAAAUCAUAAAGCUCUCUAGCAGUAGUACUGAUUUUCCUCUUGACUAUGACAGGAUCUUCUCGCAGAUGAAAAAAAGGGGUAAUACUAUUAUACAUUCCAACCACUGAAAUGAAAACUGAAUAUUCUUUUUGGUUUUGCUUAUUAAAUCGAGUUGGACAUGACUUUCCCAUUUCUGUUAUUUGAUGCAACAUACCUAAGAGCAUAAUCUAGGAGGGUUUUAAAACCCUGGGAUGGAGGCAGCAGCAUCGUGGUGUGUGGAAAAACUAAGAAUUUUAGAACACACAGACAUGAUUUUGAAUACCGGUUUUGCUACUUACUAGCUGUCAGCCUUUGGGCAUAUUAAUAUUAUUUAAGCUCGCAGAUCUUUGGUUUCCUUCUCUACAGAAUGGGGGGAAAUAUCUACCUAUUCCACAGGGCUGGAAUAAGGAUGAAGUGAGAACGCCUGUGAAAUGCCUAAUCUCAUGCCCACGGUGUUGAAAUCAUUAACUGUUAGCUAUUUCUCUUCAGUAAGAAAAUCUGGGUUUGGGAAUUUAUAGUCACUGUUGGCUUUAAGGAAACCCUGGUGGUGUAGUGGUUAAGAACUCGGCUGCUAACCAAAGGGUCAGCAGUUUGAAUCCACCAGGCGCUCCUUGGAAACUCUAUGGGGCAGUUCUACUCUGUCCUAUAGGGUCACUAUGGGUUGGAAUUGACUUGAUGGCAAGGGGUAUGUAUGGGUUGGCUUUAAAUAAUAUAUACAUGUAAUAUAUUAUUCAGAAAAUACUGAAGUAUAUAUACCAAUAUGUUGUUUAUGCCUUGGUGUAAUUACAGGUGAUUUUACUUUUCUUUGUAUUUUUUUAACUUUCCAAUUUUUUUCACAAUGAACAUACAUUACUUUUGUAAUCUCAGGAAGUUAUUAAAUAAAUGUGAAAUCAAAAACCAGUUUGUACCAACUUAUGUACAACUAAUAAUUAUAAUUUAAGCCUCUCCAUUCUCAAAUUUUGACUCUAAAUCUAUAAGGACUGUUAAUAAAAUCAUGAGCAAUUUCAGUCCAGUUACUAUCAUGAGUUUAUAGUUUUAUAUUUUUGUCUCAGGCUUAUUGUAAAUGACCCACUUAAUGUUUUGAAUGUUUAAAAUAGGCAAUAUGUUCACAAUUCACAAUUUUUUUCAAAAGGCAUUCAGUGAAAGUCUUGUCCCCAUCUGUUCCUCAGUAUGCUCAGUUCCCACUGACCUAGCUACCCUCCCAA